AUUACCAACCAAGCCCAAGAUUCAGGUUUUAACUAGGGUUUAUCAAAGCCAAAUUCUUCGUUUUCCUCUGUUCCAGCAGCCAAAAACCAAGAAAACAAUGGGGAAGAAACGGAAGCACAGCGAAACCCAGGCAGGUGAACCAAAAAAGCAAGGUGAAGGGGCACCCGAGAGACCAAAAAGGACGCUCAUGGGUUGGAAAGACAAGGAAGAAGUUCAGAAACAAACCGACUCUAAUCUCGAGUCUAAUCCCCAAGUUUUUAGAAACAAAGAGAAAGUUAUGGUGACUUGUUCACGCCGCAUCAAUUACAGGUAUAGGCAUUUGAUGUUGAAUUUGGUUUCACUUUUGCCUCAUUGUAAGAAAGAUAACAAGGUUGAAUCAAAGAGUAGUAAAGGGUCUACCUUGAAUGAGCUUAUUGAGUUGAGGGGUUGUUCUUCUGCUCUGUUUUUCGAGUGUAGGAAAAAUCGAGAUCUUUACAUGUGGAUGGCAAGGUGUCCCAAUGGUCCAUCCGUGAAAUUUUUGGUUAAUGCUGUUCACACAAUGGAAGAACUGAAGCUCACUGGAAAUCAUUUGAAAGGUUCACGCCCUUUGUUGACUUUCUCUAGCAAUUUUGAAAAAGAUGCUCAUUGGAAGCUUCUGAAGGAGAUGAUCAUGCAGAUAUUUGGAACUCCGAAGGAGCACAGGAAAUCUAAGCCUUAUCAUGAUCACGUCUUUGUUUUCUCCAUUGUUGAUGACCACAUAUGGUUCCGCAAUUAUCAGAUAUCUGUUCCUCACAAUGAAUCAGACAAAAUGGUCCGAGGUGGACUCGAUAAAAUGACCCUUGUUGAGGUUGGUCCCAGAUUUUGUUUGAAUCCGAUCAAGAUAUUUGCUGGUAGCUUCGGAGGUCCAACACUAUACGAGAAUCCUUUCUAUGUCUCACCAAACCAGAUCCGAGCAUUGGAGAAAAGGAAGAAAGCUGGGAAGUAUGCUAAGAAAGUCAAGGCUAAGACAAGGCGGAAGAUGCAUGAGCAAUCUAAUCCCUUGGAGCCUGAUGAAUUUGCAGAUAUGUGGAGGGAAUGAUAUCUCAAUAUUCAUUUUUCUACAAACCCAAAAGAAUUAUUUUUCACUAAGCUUGUGUCGUAUCUAAUGCGAACCGAUGAGUUUUGGUUAGUUACUUUAUCUGCAAGUUUUAAUUUUGUACGAUGUUACAUCAACGGAUUGGUUAAAAUACAAAAACAGAAUCAUGUGUUUGCAGUUGCAUCUGCAUUA